AUAUUUUCAGGUGAGGAUUUCUGAGCCACAGGCCUCACUUAAGAGAAUGUUCAGCUUCUCAAGCAGGAAGGCAUUUUGUGGCUAAGUCUGACCGAAAGAGAAGUCACUCUGUGUGUGCGCGCGCACACACACACACACACACACACACACACAGACAGACACACACACACACACCAGAGUAGGGAAACCGUCAUUUUCCUACUCGCCCUCUGACAUCAGCCACCUUCUCUGUAGCUACAGUUUCUCUUCACUCAAAUUAAUCCCUGGCGAUGAAAAAUGAGCCUCUCCCCCACCCUUGCUGCCGCCUUUCGCCUCACGCCCCCAGAGAAGAGUUUCUUCGUGAGGCAGCCGGUGAAGGUUUUUUUCCAAGUCACAUGAUCCAGGAUUCAGGGGAGAAUCCUUCUUGGAACAGAGAUGGGCCCAGAACCGAAUCAGAUGAAGAGAGAUAAGGUGUGAUGCAGGGAAGACUAUAUAAAUGGACCCAGGGCUGCAGCAAGCACUCAACCCGCUGGCCCCUUCUCAAGGCGCAGCCAUGCACGUGCCGGCUGGCUCGGUCACCAACCACUUGGGAAGCACUGGCCGUGGUUAUUUCUAUUUCACCACAGCCUUGCUGGCUCUGUGUCUCGUCUUCGCUGUGGCAACCAUUAUGGUGCUGGUAGUUCAGAAGACGGACUCCAUUCCCAACCCACCGGGCAAAUUCCACCUUAAAGGAGGGAACUGCUCAGAGGACAUCUUAUGUAUCCUGGAAAGGGCUCCAUUCAAGAAGUCAUGGGCCUACCUCCAAGUGUCAAAGCAUAUAAACAAAACCAAGUUGUCUUGGAACAAAGAUGGCAUUAUCCAUGGAGUCCGAUAUCAGGAUGGGAAUCUAGUGGUCCAGUUCCCAGGUUGGUACUUCAUCAUUUGCCAACUGCAGUUUCUUGUGAAAUGCCCAGAACAUUCUGUCGACCUGAAGUUGGAGCUUCUCAUCAACAAAGAUGUCAAAAAGCAGACACUGGUGACAGUGUGUGAGUCUGGAGCGCAAACUAAAAACAUAUACCAGAAUCUCUCUCAGUUCUUGCUGGAGCACCUCCAGGUCAACACCACCAUAUCGGUCAAGGUGGAUAAAUUUCAGUAUGUGGAUACAAAUACCUUUCCUCUAGAGAAUGUGUUUUCCAUCUUCCUAUACAGUAGUUCAGACUGAACUGUUUCUUCUGGCUUUUAAGAAGAAAGGAACUCUCUAUCAUACAGCACUUCAUCCAUCCAGGCACUUGGGGGGAAAAAAAGAAAAUUUUAACCAAGACUAAAACCACGAAGGGAAUUAAAUAGCACACUUCUCUUUCUGUCUCUUGGGAAGAUACAGCUCCAGGGUUAAAAAAAAAAAGUAAAGAAAAGAAAAGGGGGUUUUGAGUGAAGUAUCUUUCAGAAAGAAGGCAGGGAAGCAGUGUGGUGUGGUGGACAGAGCCCCACACAGGAAUCAAAAGGGAUGGAUUUAGGCCCUAGCCCAACCAUUAGCUCACUGUAUGACCUAGAGCUAGUCCUUCCCCUCCUUGGAACUCAGGAUCCAUGUCUGAAAAAUCAAGGGGCUAGGUUUGAAUAUCUCCAAAAUCUCUUCCAUCUAUAAAGACCAGGCUCUCUCAUCACAGACUUGUGAACUAAGAUUCCAGGCAGUGUUCUCAAAAGCCCCCAGCCAAAGGCCCCACACACUGGCAUAAAACUGACAGUACUUGUAGUUCUGGCUGCACGUCACCUCGACACAGUCAGGAUUUGGGGACAAGAUUCAGGGCACCUUGCCAAAUAGUACGAACUGUAGGAUCUCAAAUGUGUAAAAUUGAACAUCUGAUACCUUCUGGGUAUUUGGAAAACCAUCGACCAGGCAUGACUCCACCUCAGUUAAGACUGACAGUAAGUCAACCACAGACAGCUUUUGUUUCCUGUCAGGAAAGCACCGUGAGUUCAGCAGGCACUCAGUCAGCAUGCAGGGGUCAAGGUGACCAGUCAUCGAGUCAGAGGACAGCCGCUGCCAUCCCCCACGUGAUCGCUUUCUGUUUUCUGCUUCAACCAUCUGUCAGGAACAUAUUUCUGUGGAGGAUUUCUAAGGCCCCACAACAUUGCUGAUAGACAACGAUGACUCUGAAAAUGGUGAAAAGGACUUCUGAGGCCACGUCCCCUUCUGAUUUAGGAAGCCAGGACAUUUCAAUCAACGUUUACAUUUGUCCAUUGUCGGCUUCGAAGGAGCACCUUGUUUGUUUGAGAGAAGGACCACUGACUUGAAGCAUAAACCCCUGAGGUUAUGCAUCAGAAGUACACGGACCCUCACCUGCUAUGCAAAAGAAUGGAGCAAAAUUUUUUAUUUUUCUCAAAUUGAAGGAGAGAAAAGAAAGGAGUUAAGAAUUCAGGAAAGUCUGUCAGAGAAAGACUAGAAAAUAUUUAAAAGAAGGGG